UGAAAUAAAAUCAACGUGUAAAACCUUAGUACCCAAAUUGUCUCUCUCAGACCCAACGCCCGUUUCCCCUUUUCAUGGGCAUUCCUGUACAUCACUACGAAACUUCUUCUUUUCAAUUAUCCAAUUAACCCCAAAAUUGAUAAGGAAAAAUGGAGGUUGACGGCGGCAGUGCUGGGGUGGUUGGAGGCGGAGGAGGCGAAGGAGGAGGUUGUUGUUCCGGGAAGAGAAAAGGCGAGAGGGUUUAUAAAGGAAUAAGGAUGAGGAAGUGGGGGAAAUGGGUUGCUGAAAUUAGAGAACCAAAUAAAAGGUCAAGGAUAUGGUUGGGCUCGUAUACCACGCCGAUUGCAGCUGCAAGAGCAUACGAUACAGCUGUUUACUACCUUCGCGGCCCGUCGGCCCGUUUAAAUUUCCCGGAGCUGUUAAUUGGUGAUAGCGGGCUUAAUGAUUUGUCUGCUGAUUCAAUUCGUAAGAAGGCUGUUGAAGUAGGUGCUAGAGUUGAUGCUAUCCAGAGUUCACUUGACGGCCGUAAUCAACAACGGCGACAUGAAAGCCCGGCCCGAUUAAAGCCUUGUUGGUUUCAGGAAAAGCCCGAUUUAAAUUUGAAGCCCGAGCCCGAAGACCCAGAACUCGAUUACUGGUGACUUUUUUUAUUCUCUGAAUUAUCAUCUCUUUUUUGUUUCUUUUGUUUUUUUAAAUUUAAGUGGGUUCAAGUCUUGUAAACAACUUCUACAGAAAUGCAUGAAGGUAAGGUUAGGAUGCGUAUAAUAGAUCCUUGUGGUCGGACCCUUACUCGGACCUACCGUACGUUUUGAGCCUAAUUUAAUCCGAGUAUAACAGUACUUAUGUUGUAACAUGCAAAGGGAAUUGAUGUAAAUACGGUCUUUAUCUAAUGCAAUUUUAGCAUCUCUAUCCUGUUA